GUCGACGACCAAUAAGAAUUCGUCUGACUGAGUCGCGGUGAGGAAACAGAGGAUUUGACAAGAAGGUGCAAAGCAGACACACCCUCUGGAUUUAAGGAGGCACAACCGCGACUUACAUUCCUCCUUUUAUUGAAUUAGCGUAAACGGCUGAAGAAUGGCAUAUCCAGGUUACGGUGCUGCUCCCGGUGCGCAGGAUCCUCUGUACGGAUAUUUUGCUGCUGUAGCUGGACAGGAUGGACAGAUCUCUGCAGAGGAGCUGCAGCAAUGCCUCACACAGUCUGGCAUUUCUGGAUCGUACAAACCGUUCAGCUUGGAGACCUGCAGACUCAUGAUCAGCAUGCUGGAUAGGGACAUGUCCGGCUCGAUGGGAUUUAAUGAGUUCAAGGAGCUGUCAAAUGUUCUCAACGGCUGGAAGCAGACCUUCAUGUCCUAUGACCGCGACCGCAGUGGAACAGUGGAGGGUCCGGAACUGCAGCACGCCCUUACCUCCAUGGGCUUUAACCUGAGCCCUCAGGCCAUGAAUAUCAUCAUGAAGCGCCACAGCACACACGGUCGCAUCGCUUUUGAUGACUUCAUAACCUGCUGCAUAAAAAUCAGAGCUCUGACUGAUCAGUUCAGAAGGAGAGACACGAGCCACACUGGACAAGCCAUGUUUCACUAUGAUGAUUUUAUCCAGGUCACCAUGAGCCUAUGAAGAGAAGAAGUCUGAGCAAAGGGAACACUCCGGCCUUCUAAAACCACUCAUAUUAUCUUUGUGUAAUUUUCUAUGUGUUUUAUCUUUAACCGUGAAAAUGUCAACCUCACAUUCCAUUUUUAAUGAAACUCUUUUAACAGUAACACAUGGACGUGUAUUUGUACAUGUAACAAACGUGUAAACCUCAGUGUUGGCCCCUGGAGUGCCUGUAAACUAAAGGGGAUUAUAAUCUCUCUCACAUUUGUAGCUUUAACCUUUAAUAGGAACCAUGCUAGCUCACUAUGCUAUAGCCACCAUGUAUGUCAGAAAUGAAUAAAUCCAAGAGCAUGUUUUAUGAUAAACUAGCUUUAAUUCA